UAUCAUGCGGAAAGAGAGGGAAUCGUAGGAGGGUGGGGUGGAGGGCAGCAAGGGGAUCGUGGAUGGCACGAGGUUGAACUAUCACGACAGACGGUAGAUCCCCUUUAAUAAUAGAGAUGUGCACAUUACACCGAUCAAUACAUCGUGCAUUACCAUAACUAUUCACAACUCCCUUGCAAGUGGACCCAUCAUCGAAACCCAAAACCCCGACGACCGAGAAGCAGUCUCACUAGAAGUAGAUACGUGGCACUUCAGUAGACCGAGAAAAGUGGCUACCUGUUUUUUUAGAACAAAAUGGUUAUCAGCUGAAAAAUGCCUUAUAUUUUGUCUCCACUGGACGGGGUGGCAUGCAGCGCCGGAGACGGCACUUUUGGGCUUUAACGGGCUGGUGGCUGUUGCGGGCUUGCAACACCGGCCUUAAAUACUGGGACGCACUCGUUGUCCAGCCUGCAUGCAAGCCAGGUCUCCAUUCCAUUCCAUACCCAUCCAUCCGCAGUCAUCCUCGAUCCAGCGCCCGCCCCCUCACGACACCCUACUCCUCGCUCCAUCCAUUCCACACGCCCACGCACACGUACGCCGAUCGCAAUCGACUCGCUCGCUUCCCGCCCCACAAAUCAAGAGCCAAGCACCACACUGGUUCCCGGCCAUCUCAUUCUAUUCAUCCAUCCAUCCAUCCAUCGCACACCUGCAGCAGCCUGCAGAAUCAUAUGUGCCUGCUUCUCUCUGGCGCCGGCGGAGCAACCAGCAUGAGCAGGAUCCACCCCUCCGAUCGCGGCGACGGCGCCCGCCGCGCGGCGCGGACGGCGGCGGAGCGGCAGCUGCCGGCGGUGUACACGGUGUGGAAGAGGUCCAGCAUGGGGUUCCAGGGCACCGACGGCUUCUCCGUCUACGACUCCGCUGGGCGGCUCGCCUUCCGCGUCGACAACUACGCCCGCCGCCCCAAGGCCUUCGCCGGCGAGCUGCUGCUCAUGGACGGCCGCGGCGCCCCUCUCCUCUCCCUCAGGCCGCAGAUCUUUAGCCUGCACGACCGAUGGAACUGCUACAGAGUUGCACCGGGAGAAGAAGGCUGCCCGGACACGGACAGGAGCUCCUCCGUGCCGCAACCGCAGCCGCAGCAGCUGUUCUCCAUGCGGAAGUGCACCGCUCUGCAGAGCACGGACGACGCAGAGGUCCACAUGUCAUCGGCCUCGACGGCGACGACGUCAGGGCGCGGCUGCCGGGCCCCGCCUUCCCCUCCUCCGGGCUACCGCGUCGAGGGCUGCUUCUCCAGGAGGAGCUGCAAGAUCUCCCGGAGCGACGGCCAGGAGGCGGCGCGGAUACUCAGGAAGAAAGCCGGUGGACCUACGGCGGUGGCGUCGUCGUCCAGGCCCGUCGCUCUCGGCGACGACGUGUUCAGCCUGGUCGUUCGGCCGGGCGUGGACGCCGCCACGGUCAUGGCCAUUGUCGUUGUCAUGGACCGGAUCUGCCGGAAGCCUUACGCACCAAUGGCGUGCUCUUCACAGUAACCAAUAGCUACUGCGCUAGACGGAGACGGUGCACCCACGUCAGUCAAGAGUUUUUCGUCCUUUGGUUGGAUGAGUCGGAGAACCGCGGCACACGAACGCCGGACAUUGUGAUGUCGAAGAGCUGUUCUUUAUCUGUUUUAUUAGUGUGGUUUUUAGUCAUUUGUACGGGUUGUAAAAUAGUAGCAUUACCGUCAUGCCUCAAAGUGGCAUUUGAUGUCAUUUUGUAAAAGCUGAUGUGAGCAUCAAAUAUCUUGAGAAUCGCUUUGAUAAAA